GCGGUGACGACUCCCUUGUCUCCCAGGGGAAGACGGCAGAUUCAUAAUAGCUGUUGCUUCUGUUUCUUCUGUGUGCGUUUGUGUGUGUGUAGCAAACACGACUGUUUAGAACAGGGGUGUCGUACCUAGCACGCCGCGGGACCAAGGAAAGCUCCUGGGUGGAACAGGACGCCGUGGGAGUCGUGACAUCUCUCAACCACGUCUCCGACAUGCUGCCCGUACAGUCGGCAGCGCGAUGUCUGUGGUCAUGCGUCCUGCUCAGUGUCUUGUGCCGAUCGGCUGCGGAAUUUCCAAGCCUGCCAGAUCCUAAUGUUGCCAAGUAUAACUGUCCUGCGGGUUGGACCUACAACACAGGCUCCUGCUAUCGUCUGUUGAACAUUACUCUAUCUAGGAAUAAGGCACAAGGUGCUUGUGCAAGGUAUGGUGCAAGGUUGGCAGAUUUACAAGGCUAUGGAGAAACCAGCUUUAUAAGCAAUUUGGCAAGUCAGGCAAGAGCAGAUGUAACAGACGUUUGGAUUGGAUACAAGUUAGACAACAGUGACAGCAGGUAUGCAGGACAGUGGGCACCUAACCAGCCUGACCCUAACCUGUCCUGCACCAGUGUUAACAUACAGGAAGCUCAGUGGUACACCAGGCCAUGCCAGACAUCCUUGCUUGGUGUGUGUAAAGCUGACGCUUGUUUGGAAGGCCAGUUCAGGUGUGUGAGUGGCAGGUGCAUCCCAGCUGCAGCCAGGUGCGAUGGUGCAGCUGACUGUGAGGAUGGCACAGAUGAAGUGAACUGUGCCGACUGUGGGGGGACUCUGACAGGGAGUUCAGGGACCAUCCAGAGUCCUGGGUACCCACAGGAGUAUAACACUUCAUUAGACUGCCUCUGGAUUAUUCAGACUGAUGAAGGACAACGCCUAAACUUGACAUUCAAGGACUUUGAGAUUGAGGAUGAAUUUGACACCCUGACAGUCUCAAGCCAACCAUUCCAAGAGGAGACAUCCCAGCUGUUCAGUGGUGACACCUCCAGCCCAGACAGCAUCAUUGUCUCCUCUAACAUUGCUCUGGUUAGAUUACGUACUGACUGGAAUGGAGCAGCAAAAGGAUUCUGGCUGGACUGGCAAGCUUUUGAAGUUUCAGGCUGUGGAGGGCAGCUGAGUGUGUCCACUGGCUCAGAUGUAGACAUCGACUUCCCCGCUGCCCCAGGGCUGGACUGUGACUGGGUCCUGUCUGCACCAGGUGGUGAUGUCAUCACUCUCGUGCUGCAGAAAGGCCGGCUGGCAGGACAGGGCAGCUAUGUGGAAGUUUUUGCUGGAGAAUCAGCAGUGGCCCCUUCCCUGGGAAAGUUUGGUGCAGGCCAUGUCUCUGGGAUUGUCACCAGCACCAGUAACAAGAUGGCCGUCAAGAUGGUCACCUCUGAUGAAGUCACAGAACAGCCAGGACUAACAGCCAAGGCUAUCACAGGCUGCCAGGCUACCCUGUCUGAUGUUGUCUAUGGCCAAAUCAGCAUUGGGACAGACCCGUACAAGUCAGGUGUUGACUGCACAUACACAGUUCAGUCCAGUCAGAGCCAGCCCUUACUGCUGUCUCCAGAAGGAAUUGAUGAAGGAGAUGUACUUCAGGUAAGAGCUGGAGAUAGUGCUGCCGUCAACUAUGACAACAACAACCUGCCCCCCUCCAUCCGGGCUGAAGAUGGUUCCUUCCGUAUCAACUACAUCAGUGCAGGGAACCCACUGAUGGCCACCAUUUCUGUGGAUUGCCCUGAUCCCCAAACACUACUGACAAGCAGUGAAGCACCUGUGACCAUCAUAGGGAGCAACACAGAGUAUGGUGCCACGGCUGAGUUGAGAUGCAGCGAUGGAUAUGUGUCAGACUACUUCAAUGGGUCCCUCACACUGCAGUGCAGUAGUGGUGGAGCAUGGAAGGAGGUUGGGACUGCCAAACUGAUGGACAUGGCCAUACCAGAUAACUUCUGUAAACCACUUGAUUGUGGAGAGCCCCCUGUCAUACCUCAGGGGUACUACGUGAAGAAUGGAGGGACACUGCUGAAGAGCUCUGUGACUUACACAUGCUUCUCUGCUGAGUUGAUGCUAAUCGGUGACAACAAUAUCACCUGUCAGGAGAAUGGAGAGUGGUCACAGCCUCCUCUAUGCCAGGCCCCUGCCUGUGUGCACAGUGUCAGGGAUGGUACAUUAAUGGUGGUGAGGGGAGACCAACGAGGGGACCAGUUCUCUAAUGGUGCUGUAGUCAGGGUGGAAUGUGAUCCUGGGUUUGAGCCUGAUGGUACAGACGAGUCCUUCUGUCAACUUGGCAUUUGGAGGCACAGCAAAGGCUCUGCACCACAGUGUAAAAGAAGAAAAUGUGCCAUGCCAGCUAUAGAGAACCUGGAUGUCAACCCUAUGGAUGAGUAUUACAGUGGUGACACUGUCCUCUUCAACUGUUCCGCUGGAUACAGUCUCAACUCCACAGAUAACCUCAACCUGACAUGUCAGAAUGAUGGCUUCUUUGUUGGAAGUUCUGUCAACUGCACAGAUAUAGAUGAGUGUGCAGAUGGCAGUCACCAGUGCAGUGACAACACAGUGUGUGUGAACACAGAAGGAGGCUACUGGUGCAAUUGCCUACCUGGAUACUUCAAGGACCAACCAAUGGACAGGAUGUGUGUUGAUAUGGAUGAAUGUGCUAUGAACAAUGGAGGCUGUAGUGAUACUUGCACCAACUUUGCUGGAGGAUACAACUGCACCUGCACCAGACCUGGUUAUCAGCUGUUCACCUUCAACGGGCAGUACGGAGUCAAUGUCAGGGACGGAGAAACUGGAUAUGGUGUAACAGAUGUGCUGAGAUUCAACCAGAGCUGUGUUUCUGUUCCAUGUGGACCAUUGCCCAAUCUGACCAACGGUUUCUACAAUGAUUUCAAAUCCGGCUCGUAUGUGUAUGGUGACAACAUCACUAACCACUGUGAGAAAGGUUUCAUGAUGACUGGAGAUCCAACCUUCACCUGUGGGGUGGAGACAGAGGGUGACCUUCCCAUGUGCAAUGUUGCCCUUUGCCCAAUGCCAGACACUAUCGUGAAUGGCACAGUGAGUGCUCCAGUGCGUCCUGCCUACAGGAGCAAUGUAACCUACAUGUGUGAUGAAGGCUUUCUCCUGGUGGGCAGUGGUAUCAGAUUCUGUGACAACAUCGGUGCCAGGGACAAUGUCACAUAUGGGUGGACUGGGCUGCAGCCCACUUGUCAAUUGGUUGACUGUCAGAGUCUCCCCCUCCCCCCUGGCGGAGUGUUAGUGAACACCAGCAGCACCAACACCACCUACGGCAGCGUGUGGACAGUCACCUGUCUGCCGGGCUUCCAGGUGCAGGGAGACCAGCUGCACGUCUGUCAGGCCAAUAGCAGGUGGAGCGGCGCUGCCACACGCUGUAUCCCCACAUCAUGUCCAGAUCCAGGCACUCCUGCUGGGGGACAGCAGGACACAAACAACUAUGAUGUCGGAACUGUGCUGACUUUCAGCUGCAACAGAACAGGCUAUGGACCCUCACACUCCAGAGGACUGACCUGCAGUAUUCCAGAUGGUGCUGUGGAUCCAGCAUUCAAUGACACCAUACCUGAAUGUGUUGAUGUGGAGCCGCCAGACUUUGGAGAAUCCUGUCCACAACAGCUGAGUGUAGACCUGGGACCAAAUGGUUUUCUGCCCACAGUUUUUUACCAGCCUAAUGCCACAGAUAACUCAGGAGAACAGAUACAGGUUAUUUCAGACCCACCUGGUUUCUUUGGCAUUGACCUUCUCCCAAAUGACACUGAUGUCCUGAUGUUCAAGGCCAUGGACACAUCUAACAGGACAAGUGUGUGUGCGAUUGACCUGGUCAUCAAUGACAUUGUGCCACCAACAAUUGAUUGCCCAGCAAAUCAUGUCAUCCCCUCCAAUGGAUCGUCCACAACGCUGACAUACCCUGCUGCUGUUGCCUCCGACAAUGUCCAAGUUGCCAGAGUCACAUACCAUCCUGCUGCUGGGGGUGUGAUCGGGUUUGGAGAAGCAGUGCAGGUGAAGGCUACAGCGUACGACACGAGCAACAACUCAGCCUCCUGUGUCUUCACUGUCCAAGCCAGAGCUCCGGCCUGCUCCCAGGAUUCCCUGGAUGUCCCAGAGUCAGUGCAGAAGAACUACCUGGGAUUUGUACAGGCAGAUAAUGUCUACAAGUACGAAGUGUCCUGUCCACAGCCCAUGGCGUUUGCAGAGGGAGACCUUGAAGAAACAACACGUACCUACACCUGUACUGUAGAUAACGGAUGGCAGAUAGAAGGUCGUACGGCCAGCUAUGUACCAGGAUGCACAGCCAAAACAGCUGCUGAUCAACAGAUGGGCUUCGUGGUCACCAUGGCAACAACCAAUGGCAACAUUCCUUCCACCUGCACCAGCCAUUACCAGACAUCAGUCAGCAACCACAACAUCAACGCUGACUUAGAGGCAGCUCUACUGCGGAAAUGUCGAGACAUCCCCGUACCUGAUGUCACUGUGCUUCUGACAGGACAUCGUCUGAAUGUUCAGCAGUCAGAUCUGACGAUCAAUUUCACCAUCCAAGUCAGCCCCAACUCUGCGAGCACGCUGGAGGAUCACGUGAUCUCCUGCCUGACGUCCCUGCGGAACACGAUAGCCGGCGUGCCAGGGGCGGAGGUGCCUGAACCUAACACCUCUUACCGCUUCAGGACGUGGCUGGAUAAUGUUGUGAGUGGAAGUGUUGGAGGCACACAGUGUCCCAGCCUGACCCGUACAGCUGCCCCGGCCGUGGCACCAGAGUACAUGAGGGACGGAGACUCAGAGAGCAUGGCUGUCUGUAACAGGGGCGAGAGUCCUGUCAGUGGAUUCUGCUUACCCUGCACACCGGGGACGUACCAGGCUGUUCCGAAUGGCCCGUGUAUCAGCUGCCCUGCAGGGUCAUACCAGAACGCCAGCCGGGCUGUCAGCUGUAACACCUGCCCACCUGACACCUGGACAGCCCGCCAGAACAGCUGGACCAAGGAUGCCUGCACUGACAUGUGUCCAGUGGGGCAGUACUCCCCCACCAGAGUUGCUCCCUGUAACAGCUGUCCCCGAGGGACAUACGCCGGUCAGAAGGGCACUGAACGCUGCACAGACUGUCCUGACGGCACCUCCACUUCACAAGCAGGGCAGGACAGCAGGGAUGCCUGCGCCGCCCUGUGCCCUGUUGGUAGUUUUGCCAUCCAGGGAGUUCAGCCACACUGCCAGCUCUGCCCAAAGAACUUCUACCAGCCCAUGGAAGGGGCCACAGCCUGUAGGAGAUGCCCUGGUGGAAACAUCACUAUAGCUGCAGGAGCAACAUCACUGGAGAACUGCAUAGAUUAUGACUGGUGUGAGAAUCCCUCUAAACCAUGUCAAAAUGGUGGAUCCUGUGUGGAUCGCAAGUAUGGCUACACGUGCACAUGUCCAUCGGGAUACCUGGGAGACUACUGUAAGAUCCAGCGAUCCUUCUGUCAAAGUUCUCCUUGUUACAACGGUGGGACCUGUCAAGACAGGACCAAUGGAUAUAGCUGCACCUGUCCAGCAGGAUUUGGAGGACUACGGUGUGAGGAUGACCUUGUGGAUGCAUGUUCUGGAGGUAACCCUUGUCAGAACGGUGGAAAGUGUCGGGAUUUAAGUGGUGGUCUGGAGUGUGUCUGUGUGUCAGGAUACACAGGAAUCAGCUGUGAGCAGCAGAGUGAUGAGUGCAGCUCCAACCCCUGCCUGAACGGUGGCACCUGUACUGAUGAGCUGAAUGGUUACACCUGUCAGUGUGCUGAAGGCUUCAGGGGAAGUUUCUGUCAGCUGGACCAGGAUGCCUGUCUGUCCAGCCCAUGUCAGAAUGGAGGCCAGUGUUGGAACCUGCCUGGACCAGGCUUCAUGUGUAACUGUACUACAGGGUUUGAUGGGCAGUUGUGUGAAGUGGACAUCGAUGAGUGUUUGUCAUCCCCCUGUCAGAAUGGGGCACAGUGUGUCGAUGGGAAGGAUGGGUACAAGUGCUUGUGUAAGGCUGGCUGGUACGGGGACAGAUGUCAGAACAACACAGAUGACUGCACGCCCAAUCCUUGUCUGAACAAUGGCACUUGUGUGGACUCUGUACAAGGAUUCAGAUGUGAGUGCCAGCCUGGUUAUGGUGGGUCCCUGUGUCAAACAGAUGUUGAUGACUGUGAGGAGAAUACGUGUCAGAAUGGAGCCAGGUGCAUCGAUGGGAUGAAUCAGUACAGCUGUAACUGUACAGAAGGAUGGACAGGCACAUUCUGCGAUGUGGAAGUUGAUGACUGCAUCAAUGCCACAUGUCUGAAUGGUGGCAUCUGCAGGGAUGGUGUCAACAGCUACACCUGUGACUGUCCCAAUGGUUAUACAGGUGACAACUGCUCGAUUGACAUAGAUGAGUGUGAGUCCAGCCCCUGCCUGUACGGCUCCAACUGUAUUGAUGGCAUUAAUGGUUACACCUGUAACUGUUCUGUGGGGUACACAGGUGACAACUGCAGCGUCAACAUACCUGACUGUCAGGCACAGACGUGUAGCAAUGGCGGCACCUGUAUUGACCUAGUCACUGGAUUUACAUGCAGCUGUGCAGUUGGGUGGACAGGUGUCACCUGUACAGAGCAGUACCAGUACUGUCAGACUGUACAGUGUAAGAAUGGUGGAACUUGUACCAGUCAGAAUGGACGACACAACUGUAGCUGUCCUGAUGGCUUCUAUGGAGAACUGUGUCAGUUCACAGCAUCUUCAUGCCGACCUAACCCUUGUCAGCACGGUGGUAAAUGUACCCCUGGCUUGAGUGGGGACAGCUACACCUGCCAAUGUCGAGGACCCUUCACUGGUACCAACUGUGAGACCGGCACUCAGUCAUGUGCUGGCAGUGGGACGGUCUGCCGGAAUGGCGGGACGUGUGUGGACAAUGGUGGUGUUGGUGUAGCUAGGUGCCGCUGUACUGACUUCUACUAUGGCAAAACUUGCCACAAAGACAUCAAUGAGUGCACAGCAGGGACAGUGGACCCAUGUCUGAACUACAAUGGAGUGUGUCAGGACCUGCCUCAGGGGUACAGGUGUUCCUGUAACCCUGGAUAUGUCAAUAAUGGAGAGACCAGCUGUAAAGAUGCCUGUGAUGGUUACUGCCAGCGUGGCACCUGCAGCAAGUCCAGUACCCAGCAGCCUGUGUGCACCUGUCCCAGGGGGUUCCAUGGCACCACCUGUGAUAAACGUCGUCAGCUGACAACUGGAGAGAUUGUUGGAAUCGUGCUGGGUUCCUUAGCUGCUCUUGCACUGCUGAUUGUUCUUCUAUGCUGCUGUAUAAAAUGGUUGAACACAAAGGGGAAAGAGGCCCGUAAAACACCAUACGGCAUAACAGGAUCUAACGCUGACCUGAUGUAUGGAAAGCAGAUGCAAGUGGAGGAUUUUGUGAGGAAAUCAGGCUCUGUCAGGCACUCAUAUGCUCCACCACCCGGGGGGCUUGGAUACAGCAAUGGUUCAAUGCGUGGCAGCCGACUGUCUCUAGCCAGUACGGGUACGUUUGGUGUGUACAACCCCUCCAUGCAGCCUGACUCCUACAGCACCCUGAGGGGAGGGGCUCCCCAGGAGCCGGGGGUCUACAACCCCAUGAUGAAGAGAGCAGGCUCAAUGUCGUCAGUACGCGCUGGCUCUGUCUCAUCUCUACCCAGGGAAGCCUACGGGUACAGCGCCAAACCCAUGGCACCUUCCAACUAUGCAAAAAGUCUGCCGUAUGACAGGAGAUCAAUGACUGGUUCCCUUCGAGCUUCGUCAGUGGUAGACUUCAGCCUGUAAGCUAGUAAAAAACAGGCUGGAACAUCACAGUACAGUAACAUUAGUUCACAACAUGACAAGCUUCAUCAGCUAUACAGACAUGUUUUUUCUUGUGGUCCUGUCACACAGUGUUGGUUUGAUAAUUAUUAUAGUUGUAUACAAUGUUGCAUUCGAUUUGACUAAAACUUAUGGCUUGUAGCACACUGUUUCUUCAGAGAGAUUUAUUUGUAUUGAAUCUUAUUUAAUCAGGAGAGGAACACUUAAAGAUGUAUAGCUGGCUAAUUUAUGAUGUUGUCAUUUAUGGGGAUGUGCGGGGCAGAAAUCAGAUACAAUCAUUGUCACAGCUGAAAAGUUUUGGGUAAGCUUGUAGAAGUACUGUUAGCCUACAUGUAGUAGUACUGCAACAGUGUGUUAACAUAUUGUCAGUUGAAAUUUAUUUCGAGUUUGAUGAUUGGCAAAAUUUUAUACAUCUUGAAGUUUGGUGUAGGAAAUUGUAACAUAGCCAUACAAAACGUAAAAUGAUAUUUGAAUCAUCCAUUUCAAGAGAAAAUAAUUAAUGAAGACACAUCCUAUAGCAGAAAUACUAAAUCUGAAAUAGCAUAAUAUUGCAGUUGC